AUGGAACAAUAUUUACGGCAACGAAUUGAUUGUCCAUUACCAGGUGGUACACGUACAUUACUUGAAGAAAAAGAUAAUAUUAUAAAAAAACAACAAGAUGAUUUAAAUAAACUUCAAAUACAAAUAAAACAAAUUCAAAUUGAACGUGAUUAUAUUUUUUCAUUACUUCCAAAUGAACAAAAAUCAAAUUUAAAUCCGAUUACUGAUAAAACAACAUCAUUUGCAAUAAAUAUAAUUGAUAUUCGACCUACACCAUCAACAAAUAAUUUGAUAACCAAUUAUGAACUUUCACAAGAUCUUCAUGAUAAACAAAUUGAGAUUCUUGAACGAAAAUAUGGUGGAAAUUUACGAUGUCGUCAUGCCGCAACAAUAAUUCAACGUGCAUAUCGUCAAUAUAAAUUAAAAGAAAAUUUUCGUCAUCUAUGUGCUACAAUAAAAACUAAUAAACGUUUAUCAUGUACAUUUAUUAAUCAAACUUCCGAUCAAAAACCUUUAAAACCAUGUUUAAGAUUAGGAAAAAAAUCUGAAAGAUAUUUUCCUGAUCAUCAUCUUGAUUUACCAUCGAUAAAUUUCGAACAUUUUAUUGAAUCUACCAAACAACAAGAUAAUCUUUCAAAUCAUCGUAAACGUGUUUGUAUUAUUACUGAUAAACCAUUAAAAAAUAAUAUCUAUGAACAAGUUGAUAAUUUAAGUGAUUUUAUUGAUAGACAAAUAGUUGAACAUAAUGGAUCAUCAUUAAAUGAUUUGAAUUUUUAUAAAGAUUUAACUGAUUCAUCAAUUCAAUGUCGAAAAUCAACACCAUCGGUUCGUAGUUUAUCAUUAAAAUCUCGACCUAUUCAAUCACAAGGAAAUACAUCACCAAUAUGGAAAAGAAAAUCAUCUUUAACAACGUUAUCACCAAUGCAUGAAUCAUCUGAUUUAUUAUUAGAAAAUUCAAAUCAUUCGCUAAUAACAUGUAUAAGUCCUUCAUCAACAUUAAGUUCUGAUCAUGAUGAUAUGAGUUUAAAAUCUCUAAGUAGUGGAUCAAAUUCAGGUUCAUUAUCUAAUCGAUUAUCAGCAAAUAGCAUUGAAUUACAUCAACAACAACCAUUAAUUAUAGAAUAUCAAACAGUUUUGCAAGGUGAACAACGUUUAUUAAAUAUUCGUAAUAAUGAAAUCUAUAGACGACGAUGUUAUCGAGCAGGAUUAAAUAUAUUUAAUAAAAAACCUGAACGUGGUAUUCGUUAUUUAAUUGCACAUCGUUUUCUUGAUUCAAAUGCACAAGCUGUUGCACGAUUUUUACUUUCACGUAAAGGUUUAAGUCGACAAAUGAUUGGAGAAUAUCUUGGAAAUAUACAAGAUCCAUUUGCUAUGCAAGUCUUACAUGCAUUUGUUAAUGAGUUUGAUUUUCAUGAUAUGCCUAUUGAUAUUGCAUUGAGAAAAUUUCAAUCAACAUUUCGAUUACCAGGUGAAGCACAAAAAAUCGAACAAUUAAUGAAGGUAUUUGCACAACGGUAUUAUGUAACCAAUCCUUCAUCAUCAUCAUCAUCAUCACUUUCAAAUGUUGAUACAAUAUUUAUAUUAGCUUUUGCUAUAAUUAUGUUAAAUACUGAUUUACAUAGUCGAAAUAUAAAACCUGAAAGAAAAAUGCGUUUGGAACAAUUUAUUAAAAAUCUUCGUGCUAUAGAUGAUGGUGAAGAUCUUGAUAUAAACUAUUUAACUAGUAUUUAUGAACGUAUACGAGCCGAUGAAUUUCGUCCGGAUAAUGAUCAUGUAACACAAGUACUCAAAUUUGAACAAGCAUUAGUUGGUAAAAAACCAACAUUAACAGCUCCACUUCGUCGACUUGUAUGUUAUUGUCGAUUGUAUGAAAUUCAUGAUGUGACAAAACGUGAAAAACUUACAGCUCAUCAACGUGAAGUAUAUCUAUUCAAUGAUUUACUUAUUAUUACAAAACUAUCUGGAAGAAAACGUCAACAAUUUCGACAAGCAUUUCGUUUAUUAGGAAUGAAUAUUUAUCUGUUUGAAACACCAUAUCAUCAAUAUGGUAUAAGAUUGAUACGUAAAUCGGAUAGAACUGAAAUAAAUCUCAUAAUAUUUAAUGCAAGAAAUGAACAUGAUCGAACAAAAUUUUGUGAUGAUUUAAAAGAGGCAAUUCUUGAAAUGAAUGAAAUGGAAGGUUUACGUCGACAAUCUGAAUUUGAUAAAAUACGUGGUUCAUCAAGUUCACUUGUUGAUAUAACAAAUAAUAAUGGAAUUCUUUCAUCAUUCAUUGAUAAUUCAACAAUAAAACGUGAUAGACCAUUAUCAAGAACAUUAUCAAAUUCAUUAUUAGAUAUAACAUUACCAAUAAAUAAUCAUCAAUCAAUACCAUGUCAAACGUCUCAAUGUUCACUUGAUAGUGGAAUGAUAUCAUUGACAAAUGAAUUUUCACCAAACAAUAGAAUCAUGUUGCGUUGA